CACUUUUCGUUGUUUGAAAUAAAUAUCCAUAAAUGUGAUGGGUAAAUGUCCGCGAUGCGAUUGCGAAGCAACUGGACAGAAUCGCCUGGUCACCGACAGCUGUGGCCACACCAAGUGUCGCCUCUGCCUGGUGGCCGAUGUUUCCGAUUGUCUGGAAUGCACCAACAAAGAAACAGUCUCACCAAAGAAAAUCUCAAAUGCCAAGAUGACUGCAGACAAACGGAUUACCAUCACGGAUCAGGGCUAUCACUGCACCGUGUGCAAGAAGGAUUUUCGCAGCCGCACCCAACAGUACUACCAUCUUACCUGCGGCAACGACUUGCUCAAGAAGUUCUGCUGCAAGCAAUGCAACCGCCGAUUUGCCACCCACUCGCAUUUAAAGUAUCACCAGAACAAUCACGUCAGCCUCUCAAAGUAUUCCUGCAGCAUUUGUGGCAAAAAGUUUAAGCAGCCAAACGUCCUGCAGCGUCACAUGCGCAUUCACAACAACGAGCAGCACGCCUGUGAUCACUGCCACAAGGUUUUCCGCUGUCUGAGCACACUCAAGGAUCAUUUGGUGGCACACACAGAUCACGGCUUUGCAUACAAAUGCGAAACUUGUGCCAAACUCUUUCAGAACAAGGCCAAUCUAAAUCAGCAUCGCCAGAAGCACGACCAGAACAGCUCUCGUCACAAGUGUAAAGUCUGUCAAAAGUCAUUCCUGCGCCAGUCCACGCUCAGGUUGCAUAUGAAGCGUCACGCGUUGCGCGAGCGCCAACCCUGUCCACUCUGUGGCAAGAGCUACAACGACGCGGAUGCAUUGGCCCGCCAUUUGCGGCAACACAAGACUGUUGAGCGCUAUCGCUGCACCCAAUGCGAUGUCACAGUCAAUCGUCGGGAUAACAUGCAUCGCCACCUUCGCUCCAUGCAUCCAGGUGUCUCAUUUGAGAGCAGCGUGGAAAUCAUAACUCCAACGAGGGCACUCGAGCCAGAGACUGCAGAGGGUACCCCAACGGAGAGUCUGCGGUACAACAGCGUGAUCAAGAGCGUGGGCAAUGUGGAGCCAGUUUUGCUGCCCCCACCCUUACCCGAAGUGCAGCUGGAACAGCAGCAAGCUCCAGUAAUGACAACCGCCCCCAAGCCCCUGCCAGAUGCAAUGCAAAAGCAAAAUGUAAAACUCUACCGGAAGAUCAUCUUGGAUCUGGACAACGAAGAGUACUCGAAUGAGUUGACCAUGGAGGAGGAGGUAUCCACGGGUCAAGAUUCUGCCGCAAUGCAGGAGCAACGUCAGCAGCAGCGUGGCCCGGGCCACAGCACCUCCAAUUUUAGCGAGAUGCACUGGCGCAAGAAUUUCAAAUAUUCGUAUGAGAACGAACACACAAAUUGAU